CAACAAAACCGCGCUGCUGGUCGUUCCAUGUAGCAUGCAUAUAUUUACGAUAUCUCACUAUCUCAUGUCUUAUUCUGACACAAGUGUAGGCGUUUGUUGCGUUUUUGUUGCCUAGGCGCCACAACAAAGUCUCGAAAUGCGUUAUUUGUUGUUUACGAACGAUUCAUGUUAAACCAAAGGGUGAUUUAAAGAAACGACUUUCAGUCAUGCGUACGCGGAUUCGUAAGUGAUUGGAGAUAAACACCCGAUAGCAGGUUCUGAAAAGUCUCCACAUACAUUUACAAUGACGCGAUUAGAAAGCGAAUCGUUAUCUGUUUGACCAAUUGAACUGAUCAAAGUGCAAACAAGAGAAACGAGAGAGGCUUCUAUCAGUGAAGGUGAGGAAGAGGAAUCGUUUGCUACAGGGAUCACUAAAAAAAGUUGGCCACUUAAUGGGAACUGAUAACGAGUUAAUGGGAAAGGAGGACAAGUCACAGUGGAAGGAGUUAAUCGAGGAUAUAAGUGUUUUACAAUGGGUAUUUUCAUUUCUGUUUUUAGGAGCGGCCUGUCUGCUGCUGAUGAUCUAUUUGAUGUUCACUUCUCUGUGGCUCUUUCCCACACUCUACUUCUCCUGGCAGAUCUAUGAUUGGCAUACACCUGAAAGAGGUGGCAGACGAACAAAAUUUGUGCGAAACUGGGAAGUAUGGAAACACUUCAGAGAUUAUUUUCCUGUGAAGCUGGUAAAGACUGCUGAAUUGAAUCCCAGUAAGAACUAUAUUAUGGGUUGUCACCCCCACGGCAUCAUGUGUGUGGGAGCCUUCUCGUGUUUCAGCACAGACCGUAGUGGAUUUGCAGAAACCUUUCCUGGUAUACGCCCCGUGCUUGCAAUCCUGGCUGGACUUUUCCGCCUUCCUCUCUUCAGAGAGUAUAUUUUAGCUGCAGGUCUGUUGCCUGUCAGUAAGAAGAGUUUAGAUUACUUGCUGAGCCGUACUGGUGUGAGUAACGCUGUGGUCAUCAUCAUUGGUGGGGCAGAGGAAUCACUUACCUCGUCUCCAGGAGUAAACACUGUAGUCAUGAAACACAGGAAGGGUUUUGUACGACUGGCUCUUGAACAUGGGGCUGACCUGGUUCCCGUGUACUCCUUCGGAGAGAACGAACUAUUUCAACAGGUGGUUCUGUCUGAGGGCAGCGUGGGUCGACGGCUGCAGGCUCUUUUUAAGCAGAUUAUGGGUUUUGCUCCAUGUCUCUUCACUGGGGGGCGCUGGCUGCUUCUGCCAUUCAGACGUCCUGUCACCACUGUAGUGGGCUGUCCCAUUACUGUGCCUAAGGUUGGCAGUCCAUCUCAGGAACAGGUGGAUCAUUACCACAGUUUAUACAUGAAGGCUCUGUCUGAACUUUUCCACAAACAUAAAACCAGUUGCGGACUGGCCAACACACAUGAGCUGCGCUUCAUAUAGAAUUGUUGGAAAGCACAAAGUUAUUGAAACAGCUGAGAAACAUACUUAUUUCAGUUUUGUUUUCAUGUUGAAUAUUUUAACUUUUUGGUUCUCCUAAAUGAUGCUCAAAGCACAAAGUGAAUGGGAUGAAUGCAAUUUGGGGUCUAAAUCAGAAUGAUGCUCAUAUGGAGCUGUAUAUUAUGUCCCAUAAAUGAAGAACAACAACAACAAAACUUUAGUCUAAGGAUUUACCACCUUUAUCAGUGAUGAAACACUGGAAAUUUAAAACAUGUUAGUGCUCAUAAUGAAAUUAUGUGUGAAGAGUAUUGAGGGGAAAUGGUAUUUUUAAGUGUGAACAUUUUCCAGCUCAUAAUUAUUUUUAUACUUUUAGAAAUAUGGAUGAUUUAUACAUGUAUUUUAAUGUUUUUACCUUA